AGCAACAGUUGCCCCGGUGAGGGAACACGGAGGGCGCCAUAGCCACCGUAGUCGUGGCGACCAGGAAACCCAGCAACAACAACAACAACCGCCCACCCUCUCUUCCUCAGCGCGAUUCCCGCCAAAAUCGAGAAAGGGCACGACAGCCGCGACUCCGUCCCCGCCCUCCCCCUGAGGGGACGCGGCCUCGCGGGGCCGGGACGGUCCAGGAAGCAAAAAAAAAGCCUUAUUUAUUAUCAUUUUCCCCACUGUUGGCAUGGCAACACAGGCGUACGUUACAGAAUUACAGGCAGCGCAGCAACAGUCACAACAGCAGCAACCGUCACAGCAACAGCCAGCAGCAACAGUGGCCACAGCAGCGCCUGUGGUGGUGGCAGCAGCUCAGCAACAAUAUGUGGCGGAAUUGCAAAAUGCACAACAGCAACAGCCUGCUUCGAAACAGUAUGUCUCGGAAAUCCCACCUCCCCAGACACAGGCUCCACCUACUGGGCAACAAACACCAACGCCAGCCCCACAGCAGUACAUAGUAGUCACUGUUUCUGAAGGCUCCAUGAGGCCCAGUGACACGGUUUCAGAGUCCAGUCCAGGCUCCACAGCCACACAGUCAGGGGUGCCAACUCAGGUGGUCCAGCAAGUCCAGGCUACUCAGCAGAGGUUAUUGGUCCAAGCUAGUGUGCAGACGAAGCCUGGAACGGUAUCACCUCUACAGCUCACAAGUGUACAAGUACCCCAGCAGCGGCUGGUGGUACAGAGUACUUCACAGGCUGGUAAAGGAGGAGCUGUUGCGCUGGCCGUCCAUGGUGUGCAGCAGGUCCAUUCUUCACCUGAGCGUUCCCCUGUCCAGAACAGCAGCUCUGCUGCUAAACCGGGACAAGUGCAGCAGCUCCAGGUCCACGGAGUCCAGCAAGUGCCUGUAGCACAAGAGAGAUCUGUUGUGCAGACAACUCCCAAAGCAGGCACAGUGCAGCAGCUGGCAGUGCAAGGACUCCAGCAGGUUCAUGUUACUCAAGAGGUGCAGCAGCUCCAGCAGGUACCUGUGCAGCAUGUCUAUCCCAACCAGGUGCAGUAUGUGGAAGGAGGUGAUGCCAGCUACACAGCAAGUACCAUACGCUCCAACACUUACCCUUACACGGAAACCCCUCUCUACACUCAGAACACUGGUGCAAACUACUAUGAAUCGCAAGGCACCCCAACCCAGGUCUCCACCCCAGCAACCUCCCAGACUGUGGCCAGCAGUGGGUCAGUGCCCAUGUAUGUCUCCGGAGGGCAAAUCAUAGCCAACCCAAGCGGAGGCAGCAGUGCUGGAGGAGGAGGAGGUGGAAAUGGAAAUGGUGGUGGCGGUGGCAGCACUGGUGGCGGUGGUGGAGGAGGCAGUGGCAGCAGCAGCACGGGGACCUAUGUGAUUCAAGGAGGUUACAUGCUGGGAAGUUCAAGCCAGUCAUACUCGCACACCACUCGUGCCUCCCCAGCAACCGUCCAGUGGUUGUUGGAUAACUAUGAGACUGCGGAAGGUGUAAGCCUUCCACGGAGUACCUUGUAUUGCCAUUACCUCCUGCAUUGCCAGGAGCAGAAACUGGAGCCAGUCAAUGCAGCUUCCUUUGGCAAGCUCAUCCGCUCAGUGUUUAUGGGACUUCGCACACGCCGGCUUGGAACCAGAGGGAACUCCAAAUACCAUUACUACGGGCUACGCAUCAAAGCUAACUCCCCGUUGCUGCGGCUCAUGGAGGAUCAGCAACACUUGGCCAUGAGGCAACAGCCCUUUUCUCAGAAGCAAAGGCUCAAACCCAUUCAGAAGAUGGAAGGCAUGACCAAUGGAGUGGCUGUCGGGCAGCAGCAAGCCUCGGGGCUGUCUGACAUCAGUGCCCAAGUACAACAGUAUCAGCAAUUCCUGGAUGCCUCUCGCAGCCUGCCUGACUUUGCAGAGAUAGACCUACAAGGGAAGUCCCUCCCUGAGGGCAUUGGAGCCGAAGAUGUGAAGUCUUUCCAGUCGCUCUAUCGAGAGCAUUGCGAGGCCAUUGUUGAUGUGAUGGUAAACUUGCAAUUCACACUGGUGGAGACUCUCUGGAAGACUUUUUGGAGGUACAAUUUGAACCAGCCCAGUGAAGCUACCCCCAUCGAUAUUCAAGACGAAGCAGAGAAGCGUCUCCCAAAGAGCUGCUUGGUGACACUGUCCAAGUACGAGCCUGUCCUCAAAUGGACGAAGGACUGCGACAACUUGCUGUACCAGGGGCUGGUAGAGGUCCUGAUUCCAGAAGUGCUCCGGCCCAUUCCGAGUGCCUUGACGCAAGCAAUCCGAAAUUUUGCAAAAAGUUUGGAGAGCUGGCUGACGAAUGCCAUGAUGAAUAUUCCAGAAGAGAUGGUCCGCGUUAAGGUUGCAGCAGCAAGUGCCUUUGCCCAGACGCUGCGGCGUUACACCUCCCUGAACCACCUUGCCCAGGCUGCCCGGGCUGUUUUACAGAACACUGCCCAAAUCAAUCAGAUGCUGAGUGAUCUCAACAGGGUGGAUUUUACUAAUGUCCAGGAGCAGGCCUCAUGGGUAUGUCGGUGCGAGAAUCGUGUGGUGGAGCGCCUUGAGCAGGACUUUAAGAUGACUCUGCAGCAGCAGAACUCUCUGGAACAGUGGGCCGUGUGGCUGGAUGGCGUGGUCAGCCAGGUCCUGAAGCCCUACCAUGGCAGCCCCAGCUUCCCCAAAGCCGCCAAACUCUUCCUCCUCAAGUGGUCCUUCUACAGCUCUAUGGUGAUUCGGGAUCUGACCCUGCGGAGCGCAGCCAGUUUUGGCUCCUUCCAUCUCAUCCGCCUCCUCUAUGACGAGUACAUGUACUACCUGAUAGAGCACCGUGUGGCCCAGGCCAAGGGAGAGACUCCCAUCGCUGUCAUGGGAGAGUUUGCAAACCUGACGAGCUCCUUGAACCCCUUGGAUCCGGAUAAAGAUGAGGAAGAGGAAGAGGAAGACGAGAGCGAUGAAGAAAUGCCCCAAGAACUAUCUCUCAGCUCCAAUGAGUCCAGCAGUUUAACAGCAGAGUCUAUGGAGCCACCGUCGAAGCUGGCACGGACAGACUCCCGGGGCAUCUUUGUCCAAGCGCUGCCCUCCAGUUAAAAAGCAGCACAGGAGGGACUGACUGCCAAGUGGCCGGCAGGAGGCCAGGAUGCACCUUGCGCUGUGUUGCGCUGCCCUGCGAUAAAGAUGAGCUGUUCCCUA